AUGUUGAAACCAUCUGUUUAUGAGGACGAAUACAAGACAUACAACUCGAAUUCAAACAGAGAAAAGCAAUAUGACCUGUUUACAUGUAAUUGUGGUGGUGGUGGUGGUGGUGGUGGUGGUGGUACGAGUAAUGGUGGUGUUGGUUGUGCGAGUAAUGGUGAUAUUGGUGAUAGUGGUUGUGUGGGUAAUGGUGGUUGUGUAGGUGCAGGUGAGGGUGGGGUUAUUGGUUGUACGGGUGGUGGUGAUGGUUGUGAUGUUGGAGGUGCGAGUAAUUGUGGAAGUGGUGGUGCAAAUAUGGUGGUGUUGGUAGUGCGGGUAAUUGUGAGUGUGGUGAUUGUGGUGGUACUUGAAAUUGUGGUGUUGGUUUUGCAGGGAAAUAGUGAUGAUGGUGAUGGUGCUGGAUCGGGUAAUAGUGAUGAUGAUGGUGAUGGUAUUGCUGCGAGUAAUGGAGGUGGUGGUUAUGAUGUUGGUGCAGGUUAUGGUAGUGGUAUUAAUUGUGCGAGUAAUGGUGAUAUUGCUGAUAGUGGUGGUGCGAGUAAUGGUGGUGUUGUCGAUGGUACGGGUAAUAGUAGUUGUGGUUUUGCGGGUAAUGGUGAUGAUGGGGAUGGUGGUGGUGCGAGUAAGGGUGACUGUGUAGGUGCCGGUAACGGUGUUAGUGUUGGAUGUGCGCUUGAUGGUGGUGAUAGUAAUGAUGCGGUUAAUAGUGGUUGUGGUGUUACGGGUGGUGUUGGUUUUAUGGGUAAUGUUGGAGAUUGCAAUGGUGGUGGUGGGGGUAUUAAUGAUGUUGACGGUGAUGAUAUUAGUGCGGGUAAUGAUGGUGUUGGUGAUGGUGUUGGUGCAGGUCAUGAUGGGGGUAUUGGUUAUGCGGGUAACGGUGGUGAUAGUGGUGGUGCAGGUUAUGGUGCUGGUAGUGGUUGUGCGGGUGAUGUUGGAGAUUGUGGUGAUGCGGGUAAAGUGGUUGUUGGUUGUGCGGGUGAUGGUGAUUCUGGUUGUUUGCGUAGUGUUGGUGGUGGUGGUGGUGCUGGUUGUGCGUGUAAUGAUGAUGCUCGUUGUGCGAGAUAUAGUGAUGUUGGUUGUAAGAGUAAUGAUGGUGUUGGUUGCGCUGAUAAUGGUGGUGGUGGUUGUGGUGCUGGUGGAUGUUGUUAG